AUUACCAUUCCAUCAAUUGUUGAUAGAUCAUUGAUGACUGAUAAACAUAAAUUCUAGAUGCUCUUUUUCUGUUUUUUUUUUCUAGAAAUUUUGCCAUAUUAGCCUCUAGGCAUGGUCCAAGAUGAUAAAUUCUAGUAUUGACGGCAGAGGUCGGGUAAAGUGGGGGAGGGGAUUUCAGUGAGGGGAGGGGCAGGAAGGGCGGCGGGCGAUAGCGCGCUGGGGAACUGCGCAGUAGGCGGGCCACGGCUCGGCGCCGACGACGCCAGGCGUUCUGCUGCCCAGUGGCGCCACGCCGAUCGCUCGGCUACCGUGUGUUGUGCCAACGUUGUGGUGUGGUGGAGCGCCUGAGCCUGAAGCUGCAAAAUUUAUUUGUUUGACACUGCCCGAUGUGGCAUUGUUUAGCACUGUGCGACUAGCCGAUGUGUGAUUUACGUUGGAGGGCCUCGGAUGAGUGAGAGGGAGAGUUUUUGGCAGGAGCGACCCUCAAAGAGAGCCCGAACCAGACUCGCAGAAACGAUGGCACCGUCCGAGGAACGAAGAUCCAGCAUCGUCCUUCUGAACGGUGACUUUACCACCCUGUCGUCGGGUGGUGUCGAAGAAGUGGGCACCACCACGAAACGACGUCUGCCGUCGGGCGAGCCGGACACGCCCAAGAAAAUGAAAUUCAGUCUGGAGGACGGCGCUGGCGAUGUUGGCACACCACCAUUCGACCCGUAUAUGACGUCACCACUGUCACCGUACAGUCUGACGUCAUCGUUAUACAUGCCUGCGGCUGGUGUCUCCAAUUAUGAGACAAUUUUUCUGCCCGAGGAUUCUGUUGGGGAGGAGCUAGCACACCUUCAGCGUAACCCGAACGUUCUCUUCAAGACCAGAGCUACUUCUCUACACGGAGCCAGAUUGUCACCUUACAAUAGUCAAAUAACGGCGCAUCAGAGACGAGCCGACCGCCGACGCAGGGACGCAGAAAGUGACACUCAGGAAAUCCAUGGGAACUCGGGCGUAUGGCACGGUAGUUAUCAAGAAAAUGCGCCGAACCUGGACAACCAAGGCGAAGGAGGUCUUCGUGCACAGUCCACACCGAGUGGGGGAGCCAGGCCGAAGGAACGCCCGCAGAAAACUAAAGCUGACCUCGUCCGCGAUUCUAUCAACAAGGAUUUGGACGCAUUGGAUGCUUUAUUAGGAAUUGGGAAGAAAACUGAAUCUGAACUUGACGAAUCAAGCCCAAAAGCCUCCGACCACUCAGUCGAAAGGAACGUGAACGAGUGCGAAACAAAAACACAAAGGCAAGGCUGUUUAGCCCCAGAUCGUGAUGCUCCAGAAGAAGUACAUUCCAAAGGGCACGGCAGUGACAUGGCUGGAGACAAGCAGUUUGAGAAACUCAGAAAUGAUUACUCAGAUAGUAUGGAAAUAGUAAAGAGCCUUCUCGAUGCUAACGAUCAAUACGCAAAUCAAGUCCAAAAGCUUGUCGCUGAAACAUCUGCGCUAGAAGCCCGUCUUAAAAAAGACGAACUGGAGAGAGCAUCACUGCAUUCUAUACUAGAAACCCUUGGCAAACGCUACUCCGAUAAGAUAUCCAACAUGUCUACCCGUAUUGAAUUGCUGGAAAGUCGGCACGGCGACGAUCAGAUGACGAUCGGUCAGCAGCGAGUACAGGUCGAGCUGCUGACCUCUCAGCUGGAGCAGGUCACUGUGACCAGCCGCGAACAGCACGAGCAGCUGCUGCUGAUGGAGGUCAGCACUCAGCACCAGCUGGAAGAGCAGCAGCAGGCCCUCGACUCGUGCCGCGCCCGUCUGGAGAACCUCUGCGCAGGAGUGGCCCGGCAGCGCGAGUGUCUCGAGUGCAGCAUCUGUCUGGGAGUGUUCACGGCACCGGUGACACUCGGCUGCGGUCACACGUUCUGCGGGGACUGUAUCGAGUCGAACCGACGAUCUGCGGUACUCCCAGACAGCUGUCCUCUCUGCCGUCAGCUCAUUACAACGGCGGUGGGAUCGUCAGUAAUUUCUCAGCUGGCAGAAAUUACUCAGGGUCUCGAAAUCUUUCACGUGUAGAACUAGACACUGGUGGAUCCAGAAAAGUGGCCUUGGGCAUUGCGAGAGAGACUGGCAUGACUUACAUGCUUGUCGCGAGAUUUGAUGUCAGCUAAUGUCUCACCAGUCACUAUUUUGGUUUACUCGGUGCUUUUACGAAGACGGUAAGCGGUGUCGACUGCCAAGGCGGGCAUUAUGAGGGUAUUUCGAGAAAUGGCAUUUUCCGUCCUCGACUUAACACAAAUGUAAAUCGUGUGCGGUGCACGUCGACAUGGCGUAGAUAAGUGUAAUUCUGGCGUCCGAUGGAAAGAUAAAGUGAUCGAUGAUUACUCAAUUCGGUCUCAUUUUGGUACUGUCCGAUUAUUUGUUCGACGUUGUUCGACUGAGGAGGUUGCUAAAAUAAGCGACGAUGGUGAAAUGAGUAAUGCAUACAGAUGCAUUGCAUGUUUUGAACCAACGCAUUGCCUUUGUACCGUUUACUGACUGAUGCAUUCAUGUCAUUUUCACAUCGAUCCGAAAAUUGUGACGUCGUUUAGUCGACGAUCAUGCCUAUGUGACCGAUAUUGAGGUAAAUACGUUUGAUUUCAAUAUGACCCUCAGUGACACUGUGCCAUAUCACGAAGUGUUCUGAUUCUCCCAUUAUGUUUGUGGUCAGUUUAUAUAGCCUUGGGUGAGUCUAUCAAUAUGUGAUUUUUUUUUAACAAAUGCACAUUGCAAAAUGCAAAUGUGUCCGCUGCACUUAUUGGCUGUAAACUGUAUACUGUAUGUAUGCGCUAUGCAGCUACUUACAUAGGUAAGUGGUUGACGGUUGAUUGAAAAUUACCACUUACUGGUGUAUAAAUCCAUUCUUCAUACGUGAGUGUAAUAUUGCCCAGUGUGUAAAUAUCAUGAGCAAUUAGUUAUUGCCUUGGUUGAAUAUGUACAGUACACUUAUCCUAUGCAUACGUAUGUGCGCGUACUUAUGCUUUGAGUAGACGUUCAGUUGAACUAAGAAGAAGAAA